AUGAAGAAGGCGAGGGAGGCGGAGACGGGCGCGGCGAUCCCUAUUUCGGAGCUUGAACGGUGGCUUGCAGCUCCUCGAAUAGAGUUCGACGAGUCUAUUGCAAAGUCUCCAGACUUCCUACUGAAGUGGUGGAAAGAACACAAGGUCGAGUGGCCACUUUUGGCUGCGGCGGCGCGUGAUCUUCUCUCUGUCUCUGGCUCUGAAGUUGACGUGGAACGCCUCUUCAGCGGUUGUAGAGACGAAUUCGGUAUCCGCCGUCACGCCUUGAAGGCAGAUACGGUGCGAGUACUAACACUUUUACGGAGUGCUUAUACUCAGGAAGAUAAGAUCGAUCAGGCGUUGAUCAAGGCGGCCAUGGAGUAUGACAUCCUGCCCUUUGCCAAUAGUAUUAUUUGGAGACCAGACCACAUUCCGGGCAAGCUGGAAGAUGGCGAGAAUCCUCCUCAACCUCUUCCUCCCACCGAGGCUCCCACCGAACCCCUACCCCAAACCUCCUGCAUCCCAAGCCGAUAA